AUAGACCAAAAAAAAUGGCCACGAAUGGUACUAAUAUAGCGCCCGGGAUGGGAGAAAUGAUCCAGUUAAACGUCGGUGGGACAAGGUUCAGCACCUCCAGACAGACUCUGAUGUGGAUACCAGACUCGUUCUUCUCAAGUUUACUGAGCGGUAGGAUAUCAACUCUUCGGGAUGAAACCGGAGCUAUAUUUAUUGACAGGGACCCUACAGCAUUUGCACCCAUCUUGAAUUUCCUUAGAACCAAAGAACUGGACCUGCGGGGCGUGAACAUCAGCAUCUUGCGUCAUGAAGCUGAGUUCUAUGGGAUAACUCCUUUAGUGCGUCGUCUGCUGCUGUGUGAGGAACUGGACCGCUCAUCAUGUGGAAGUGUUCUCUUUCAUGGUUACCUUCCACCCCCGGCUAUCCCAGCCCGCAAGUCAAGCUCCGCCUCCGCAGCAACUGGUUCGGCCCCUGAGGAGCGACCCAGCCCAUGUGGAGCGGAGGGGGGUCUACUCCACACUUGUCAAUCUGCUCGCCCCUCUCUUCCUGGGCCACCUGGAACAGAGGACAAUAACAGACUGGGGCCUGCAAUUGACCCCAGGAAGGUGUUGAUCAUAGCAGGACACCAUAAUUGGAUUGUAGCGGCUUAUGCACACUUUGUCAUCUGCUACAGGAUAAAGGAAUCCUCUGGGUGGCAGCAGGUGUUUUCUUCACCCUACCUUGACUGGACAAUUGAACGCAUCGCCCUCAAUGCCAAGGUGGUGGGUGGACCCCACGGAGACAAAGACAAGAUGGUGGCUGCUGCUUCGGAAAGCAGCAUCAUUCUCUGGAGCAUCCAAGAUGGAGGAAGUGGCAAUGAAAUAGGUGUGUUCAGUCUAGGUGUACCAGUGGAUGAUCUUUUCUUUAUUGGGAACCAACUGGUUGCCACCAGCCAUACUGGGAAGGUGGGGGUCUGGAAUGCAGUGACACAGCACUGGCAGGUCCAAGAUGUGGUUCCCAUCACCAGUUGUGACACAGCAGGCUCCUUUCUACUGCUGGGCUGCAACAAUGGCUCUAUCUACUAUAUAGACAUGCAGAAGUUUCCGCUGAGGAUGAAGGAUAACGAUCUGCUGGUGACAGAACUCUAUCACGACCCUUCAAAUGAUGCAAUUACUGCACUGUCUGUCUACCUCACACCUAAAACCAGUGUGAGCGGGAACUGGAUAGAGAUAGCCUAUGGAACAAGCAGUGGUGCUGUGAGAGUGAUAGUUCAACACCCAGAGACAGUGGGAUCAGGCCCUCAACUCUUUCAGACAUUCACCGUCCACAGGAGCCCUGUCACGAAGAUAAUGUUGUCUGAGAAACAUCUGGUGUCAGUGUGUGCAGACAACAACCAUGUUCGGACAUGGACGGUGACUCGCUUCAGGGGGAUGAUCUCCACCCAGCCUGGCUCCACCCCUUUAGCUUCCUUCAAGAUACUGUCGCUGGAGGAGACAGAGAGCCAUGGCAGCUACUGCUCUGGAAAUGACAUUGGGCCAUUUGGAGAGAGAGAUGAUCAGCAGGUUUUCAUUCAGAAGGUCAUCCCCAUCACCAACAAACUGUUUGUCAGGCUCUCCUCCACCGGAAAGAGGAUCUGUGAGGUGCAGUCAGUAGACGGGACCACCAUUUCCUGCUUUAUGGUACGAGAAUGCGAAGGCUCAAGUCGGAUGGGGUCACGACCCCGACGUUAUCUGUUCACCGGACAUGGCAAUGGCAGCAUCCAGAUAUGGGACCUGACCACUGCUAUGGACACUGCCAAUAAGGGGGAAGAGAGGAAGAAAGAGGAUGUGGGUGGGCCUACAGAAGAGGAACUGCUGCAGCUAUUGGACCAGUGUGACCUAAGCACCUCCCGCUGUGCCACGCCAAACAUUAGCCCCGCCCCCUCUAUGCUGCAUCACACACGGCUCCGAGAGUCCUGCUCCAGUCUCCAGUUACAAGGCCAGGAGCCCAUCCCAGAGAGUCAGGCUACAUAUGGAGCUCUGCGGCCCUACAGAGAGAGUCCGCUGCUGGCCCGAGCACGACGGACAGAGUCUUUCCACAGCUACAGGGACUUUCAAAACUUCAGUCUAAAUCGAGGAGUAUUGGAGAGCCCAGCUCAGACCCCUACCCAGGGCCCUUGCCCUGUCUUCGAUGCCCGUCGCUCGCUGUGUGACUUCGGGCCUGAGGAUCGAGAUAGGAGGGCCUCAGCAAUGGAGCUCUGGGCCAGCCGAGCCCCCAGCACUUGCUCCAACACAGCUACAGUUGCUGCUGGUGUUUCUGCGGCGAUGACAGAAGGCAUUUUGGAAUCAUCUCGACAACCACCCGACAGCCCAAAUGUUGGAGGUGACACACGGCGAAAGGUGCAGCUGCAGCCAGAUGAGGGAGAAGGGGUGGGCUUUGGGGGAGAGGCGUUGAAGGAGGGAGGGUUGAAAAAGAAGGGAGUGCUAGAGGGAAGCUUGUUUUUGGGGAGGAAAAAGGCUCCCCCGAUCCCUCACCUCUCCUCCCUUCCCUCCUCCUCCGCUGGAUCCGAGGGAGGUGGUAGCGAUUCAUCGGCCACAGCCUCCCCUUCCCCUACCAAACUGGCCUGCUCCACCUCUCCCCGACACAGGAAGCUGGCCCCUGAGCCGUCCAAUCAGGACAGCAGUCUGUGA